UGCUGGAGGCCUCUGCGGCAGUCCAAGGAGAGCUGUGGUCAACUCUCAAUCUUGACGACCAUGUCCCUUCUAAGCUUGACAUCGCUGCUCAAGCAGACGAACAUCGACGACGAUGCGCAAGUCCUGCAAGCCGCCGAUGCAGCGCUGAAGCAGUCCAAGGGCAACAUGGAAGCCACCCGCGUCAAAGUGGUUGCGCUUCUCAAACUUGACAGAUUUGAAGAUGCGCUGAAAGCCCUGGAUGCUGGCGGCGAAACACUCAAGGAGAUGGCCAGUCUCGAACACGCAUAUGCACUCUACAAGUCUGGCAGUCCCAAAGCCGCGGCAGAAUUAGCACGGAGAGGCACGCAGAGAGGCUCAAAACACGUCGAAGCGCAGUCAAGAUACCGGAUAGAGGACUUUGCGAGAGCCGCCGAAUUGUAUCGUGAACUGGCCUCUAAUCCGGCAAGCGAUAUCGAAGCAGACCUAAGAAUAAAUUCGGGCGCAACAGACGCACAGCUGGAAUGGGCAGGACGCGGUGAUUUGGUGGGAAAGAAGAAGCCAGGCCGAGAAGACUUGGAGGCUUUCGAGACAGCAUACAAUGCAGCCUGUGGAAGCAUAGCAAGAGGCGAGCUAGCUCAGGGAGAGGUGCUGCUGAAACGUGCGAGCGACCUGUGCACAUCCCUAGAUGACCUGAGCGUUCAAGAGAAACAGGCCGAGCUCUUGCCGAUUAAAGUCCAGCGCGUGUAUGUUCUCGAGCGUCUAGGCCGGAUCGACGAGGCUGCCAAAAUUGCGCAAGAGCUGGACACCAGGGCAAUCUCAGAGCCGGUUACUCGGCACAUCGCACAGGUCAAUGCUGUAUCAUCAAAUCCCGCUGGCAAUCCCUUUAUUGCGCAGCGCCUCCUGUCGGAAGACCUCAGCACCCAAAAGGAUCACCCUUUCCGAUUCCAAGACGUGAUACUAGCUCGGAAUCGAUACGCAUCGGACUUACAAGCUCUGAAGUAUGGUGGCACGGCAGAUUCCACUAACGAGAUCAUCAAGAAGCAGGUUUCGCCAAAUAUUGACGCAUUCUACACUUCUCUUUCUGUCAUUAAUGCAGCUGCACACGCCAGAAGCCAGACAGGCAAGGAGGCACUCAAGCACAUUUUGCCCGUACUGGAGAGAAGACCGAACGACGUUGGCCUAGUAUUGGUCAUUGUGCAGCUAUACGUCCUCACUGGUAACUCGUCAUCCGCCAUUGAGUUGGUGGAGAAAUUUCUUACCCGGCUCGAGCAAGCUGGCGAUGCCGAGAAAGAUGUACGAUUUGCACCAGGAGUGGUCGGAGUCGCAGCAAGUCUAUAUGACAGUCAAGGUCGUAAAGGCCAUGUUAGAACAGAACUUGCGAAGGCUGCUUCAUAUUGGCGCAGAAAGUCAAAAGAUCGGCCGGUGGGCUACGUUCAUCUUGCAAAAGCAGCGGGCAGUGCUUUGCUAGAGUCACGGGACGCAGAACACAUUCAACUUGCCAAUGAAAUAUUCAGCGAGCUUCACGACUUGAAUCCAGACGACAGAUACGCCGCAGCAGGUCUGUUGGCCGCGUCACCAGACAAGGCCGGAUCGAAAGACCUGGCAAACUUGACACCUAUCGAUCGCCUAAUAAGUGGGAUCGAUGUUGAUUCCCUCGAGAAUGCUGGCGUUGCACAGCUUCCAUUGUCGGGAGCUGCGCCAGCCACUCGCAAGCGACCAGCGGAAGACACCAAGCCCAAGAAAGCAAAGAAGCUGCGGAAGUCGCGCAUGCCGAAGGACUUUGACCCAGCGAAGAAGCCUGAUCCUGAGCGGUGGUUGCCUCUCAGAGAUCGCAGCACAUAUAGGCCUAAAGGCAAGAAGGCCAAGGCACGACAAGCGCUUUUCAGCCAGGGAGCUGUUGCGAAUGACAGGCUUGACAGCGAAGGCAGCAGACCUGCGACUCCAGGAGGAGAAGUGGUCAAGCAGCAGCAACAAAAGCCAGGACAAAACAAGAAGAAGAAAGGCAAAGGCGGAAAGUGGUAAAUUGGACCUCGAAAAGGAAAAUCGUAGAGUCUAUCAAAUCUAUACCGCUCAGCGUGCUGUCAUGCGUCUUUUCGUCUUUUCCAGCGUGGUGGCACUUGCCCGCCCGCCGAGCACUUCGCCUGAAACCAUCUAAUCUAUCGU